AGGCCCAAGCUGCGGGUUGACCGAUCGGGAUUCUGGAACUGUGCGUCACCCGGUCGCGCCUUCCCAUUCGAGAACCUGAGCUGACCCCCCCACUUGUUCCUUCUCUGCUCUGUGCUGACCGCACUGCUACUGCCUGUUUACCCACACGCGACACCGUCGCGACCUCACAUUCUGGAAGCCAACCAGGAACCUCUGCUUCGGUUGAGAGGACCGGGGACGAGCCAAGCAGUCCCAAUGUCAGGUCCGCUCUGCCAACCGCCGGACUGCUUCGUCCUCCGACUGCCCGACGAGGUGCUGGUUGAAAUCAUCGACAAAGCAGCAUCAUGGCCGGACGAUCCGGACACCUGUGCAUUCCAUGAAUUCUACGCGACCCGGUGGGCGCUGACACUGGUUUGCCGCCGUUUUCACCAGCUUGCCCUCCCGAUUCUCUACUCCCGGAUCUACCUUGGACACCUUCUUCAAACACCGCGGACGGGAAAUGUGCCCAGGUUUGAAGAGACAGGGGAAGCUGCUGCGGAGAAUGCGUAUAACCCAGUGCCGAAAGCCGUGUCUCUCCUCCGCCGCAGCAUUGAGGAAAGUCCCGGCCUUGGACCGUUAUGUAAGGAACUGGCGUUUGACCUUGACGCGUGCUUCAACCGAUUGGAGUCCCUGCACCGUCUUCUCGCCGUGUUUGUCAACACCAGGGCACUACGCGUGCACCACGGCUUCGAAGAUGCCCAGUUUCCGCAGACUUGUGCCUGCCUGAUGAUGGCGCUGGCGAACAUGCCUCACUUGGAGCGUCUGGCCAUCACCGGGUGCCGCAGACCUGUUAAUAUACAACAUGUGCUCCCGGUGCUCGAGGGCAUCACGGUCGAUCGCUAUCCUGGACUCAAGGAGAUAAUGCUGGUUGGCAUUACUAGAUCUGUGCUCCCGGUUCGCAUACAGCUGUGGCCCCAGCUACCGGGCCCCAUUCACUAGGGUGACCAUCAGUGACUACUACGAACAGCCGCAGACAAUCCACGUCCUGCUGAAGAGGCCGGCAAAACUGGAGCACUUCACCUAUCUCGGCAUCCGUCGUUU